AUGUUAUCUAAUCUAUUGAAACGAACAUUGAAUUUUUCAUACAACUCAAAAAGGUUGUUUUAUACUCGACCUGACAUAACCAUGGGUUGGACAGAUAUUCCUCAAGCACAGAAUCUCAUUCCUUUUGUAGUAGAACAAACGGGACGUGGCGAACGUUCAUAUGACAUCUUCUCUAGACUAUUGAAAGAACGCAUUAUCUGUUUGAAUGGCCACGUAUCGGACGGUAUGGCCUCAGUUAUUGUUGCUCAAUUAUUGUUUUUGGAGGCUGAAAAUCCAGAGAAACCUAUUCAUUUAUAUAUCAAUUCUCCUGGAGGCAGUGUUACUGCUGGUAUGGCUAUCUAUGAUACGUAUAUCCAAUCCCCCGUGUCUACCUUGUGCCAUGGACAAGCGUGUUCCAUGGGAUCACUUUUACUGGCAGCAGGCGAACCUGGGAAACGAUUUGCUUUACCUAAUGCAUCAGUGAUGAUUCAUCAACCAUCUGGGGGUGCGGCUGGCCAAGCCUCUGAUAUUGCUAUCCAUGCUCGGGAAAUCUUACGGGUACGUGAACGAUUGAAUAGAAUUUAUCAACAACAUACAGGUAUCAGAGAUUUGGAAACGAUUGAAAAAAUGAUGGAACGGGAUUAUUUUAUGACCGCGGAUGAAGCCAAGAAUUUUGGUUUGAUAGAUCAAGUGUUAGAAAAACGAAUUUUGAAAAAACAAGAUGAAUAA